CACCGCUGCCGUGGCGCGCGCAGGGAUCAUCGCCGUCAUCGCAGUAGCGGCCGCUGCUGUCCCUGUGACUCAUUGGCCAUUGGUGCCGGUUACGCGCGCGAUGUGUGACCGGUUGGCCGCUCUGGACGGGCUCGUGCCGCCCGCUGUGGUGGCCAGGUCAACACCGUCGUCUCCGAAUGCGUAUCGUGCCGUCAUUCAACAACAACAGCUCGAGAAGACCGCGUCCGUGCCGGACCUGCAGAAGAGCCACGUCGACGGAGAUGAACGUGCCGCGGGAGAAGUGUCCACGACCACGGAACACCGUGCCGCUCCGGCGUCUGCGUGUGUCGACUCCAAGUCGGACGGAUGUCUGAUGGAAGCUGGUCGAGCACCCGUCACCAGUCUGAGUGGUACCUUUCUCACACCAUCUAAGACUGAUAACAAGGGCCUCGAUGGGCAAAAACAUCAACUCAGUAAAUUAAACGAUAUGACAAUGGCAACUGACUGCACGAGAGAUAUGCACCAGGAUGGACUAAUCCUACCACGGAAGCCGGUCAACCCAUGCCUGACCUCUGCAGAUCAUCAAAACCUUCAUCGAGAACUAUUAUUUAACCAAAAAAUUGGGAAGAAUGUUUUGGGUCAAAAAUCAGAAUUGCAAAAGGCAUUGGAAAAACACAAGCGAACACAAACUCAAAAAGAAAUUGAACAACAAAAGAACUCGUGUCGUACACCGUUUGAACGGAUUAUCGAAGAAAGAGCUAAAAAAAUUGAAACGCAAAUGGAAAAAAAUGACGUAAAAGAAAAAGACGAGGAUAAACCGGAAUUCCUACAGGUCCACGCUAAACUGCGAGCCAAAAUGGGCAAAACAGACUGAUGUUAAUCACUGCGAAAAAAUGAAAAUAUAUAUAAAUCCCAUUGAUACGGGAACAAUAGAUUAUUAUUAAAUAAAGUGUUCAUUAAAU